UUUUCUGUCAAAUACUGUCAAUUCUGUAAUCGUUUUUAUUAUUUUAGUUUUCUCUGAUUGAGGAUUUAAGUAUGAACUAAAUAUUGGGGAUGUAUUGUGAUUUAUGUGGCAAUAAAUGUUGUGAUAUUGUAAUCAAUUAAUUAAAUAUUGAUUAUAAGUUUUAUGAAUGUGACAUGGAUUUACAAACGUCGCAUUUGGCUGCCGCUUUAAUGUCUGGCAGUAUUUACAAUAAUACGCCAGCCGAAACAACGCCAAACAUCGAAAAUAUCGCAAAUAAACCUGAAAAAUCCAAUGAAACUUUGAAAGAACAUCCUGACGAAGAAAAAGAAGAAAUGGGUAGUGAAGAGGGAUUUUCGGAUGAGGAAAAUGAAGCACAGACUGGCAAUAAGUCUAUUCCAGGAAGAGGUGUUACUUUACAAAUGCUACUAGAAGAAAAAAUGCUUGAGCCUGGAACUGCUGCAAUGACUAUAGAAUACUUGGGUCAAAAAUUUGUUGGAGACUUACAAUCGGAUGGUAAAAUUAAGUCACAUGAAACAGAAACAAUUUUUUGUUCUCCUUCUGCUUGGGCAAUACACUGUAAACGUAUUAUUAAUCCAGAUAAAAGGUCUGGAUGUGGUUGGGCUUCUGUCAAAUACAGGGGGAAAAAAUUAGAUACAAUAAAAGCUACAUAUCUUCGUAAGAAACAAUUGCAAAGAGAAAAUAUGCACACUGAUGAAGAAACAGAAAUGGAAGUUGAAAAUCCGCCAGAACCUCCUCCACAAAGGGUAGUAAUGAAACACAACACAGUACCCAAUAGGAUGAUGCAGCAUGAUACCAAUAUGUUGAUAGAAGCAGUGUCAUUUUCUUCAGUUGGAAAAGCGCAACCAUUUAUUGUGUCAGUAAGUUCGAAUGCUUGCCUCGUGCUUGACAUACACUGCCAUUUGAAGAAGGAAGAGGUGUAUGGUUAUUUGGCUGGAACUUGGGAUUUAAAUACUCACAAUUUAAUGAUAACUCACACAUUUCCUUGUCUUGUGAGCAAAAAUGACAGUAGACCAAGAGUUUUAGUGGAACUAGAAAUUCAAAUGGAAAUUGAGAAACUUGGUCUCACCCUCCUUGGAUGGUAUCAUUCUCACCCAACGAAUCCUGCAAUGCCGAGCCUAAGAGAUUGUGAUAAUCAAUUAGAAUAUCAAAUUAAAAUGAGAGGGCCAUCUGAAAUUUCUUACAUUCCAUGUAUUGGUGUAAUAUGUUCACCUUAUAACCCAGAAAGUCCAGUCUUGGAAUCAUCUUUAACAUUUUUUUGGGUAAUGCCACCUUCAGAACAAAGACCCACAGAAUAUCCCAGGCCCUUGUUAUUGCAGUACAAUAUGAUACAUGAUAGUCAUUUGUCACCACAUGCAAUGGAACAGAUAAAGAAAAGCAUAAAAUAUUAUUUUACUUUCACGGAUGACACAUUUAUUAAUUUUAAGGACAAUUUCAAACCAGAUAUAACAUUUUUGGAUAAACUUAAGUGUACAUUGACAGCUAAAUUUCCACGUGAACAAAGCGAUGGCUUACUUUGGCAUUUCAUACGAGAUGAAUUAGGAUGCUCUUCUGAACAUGACGAUAAAAUGGACUUAGAUGCAUUAUUAGCAGUUCCUCAACCUAUACCUGUAUCCAAACCUAGUCAAACAACUUCAGUUCCCAACUUUCCGUCAGUUAGUACACUGCAACAAAUGGUUAGUCGACCGGCUGGCGUUCCGCCUAUAAACGUUUCUUCAGGCAUUGGAUCGCCUCAUAAAUUUGAAACGCCUCCAUUAAAUAUUCCCGUAUUGUCGACUUCUACGAAAUCAUCAAAGUCAUCGAGUUCCUCUCUCUCAUCAACAUAUCCUACGGGUUUAGAUAUGCUGACGAGUAUGGCAUUAGGAUUAGGAUCUUCAAACUUACCUCUUCCUUUGGGUACUACAGGUUUGGAAAGUCUAGCCGCCGCUAACAGUAUGUUAACUGGACUUACUCCUAAUCUACCGUCUAGCUUAGCCGCAAGUUUAUCUAGUAAUAAAUUACCUGAUCCACCUUCAUAUGCGGCUUCUCUUCAAAAUUUAACAAGCAGUAUUGGAAACUAUGAUAAAACACCGUCUAGUACUGCAACAAGUACCACAUCCACUCCUAUUCCAGCAAGUAUAGCUUCUAAUCUAAUGAUGAGUUCUGCAGAUAUAGCUAAUGCAUUGUUUUCUGCUAGUAAAUAUUCAAGUGCUGGUAUUUUAGGCAUUCCAGAUCCCAUGUCGAAAUCAACUUUAGCCGCCAAUAAUAUGUUUCUAUCACCGUCAUUAAUGAAAAUGCAAGAAACUCUUUUAAAACCGCUGUCUAGUAGCAGCUCAAUAUCUUCAAAAGUUGGUUUAGAUCAAAAUGUAUUGAUGAAAUCUCCUCACGAUCUGUUAAAAGGUAAUAAAGACUAUUUGCCGCCUGAUUUUGGGAGUGUGGGAAAAGGGAAAACGGACAAUGCUUCUGUAGAUGCAGUGAAGCUAUCUGAAGGAAGUGGCUCUUCAAAAGGAGAAUCCUCUAAAUCUGAAAAUGUUGAUAUGCAGGCAACUGAUUUUAGUAUGUCGUCACGCGUGGGUGGUGAUUCAUUUUUGAAUCAAAUGCUAGAAUUAACAAAAAAGACGACUAUGCCGGACUACAUGUCAGAUUAUGGUCAACCACCAUUAAAAAUGGCUAAGUCCGAAGAGCUGCCGGCUCCUGUGCCACCGUCUAGUCAUUCAUAUUUAAAUACAUCUAGUAUCGUAGAUACUAUAGCACAAGUAGCAAUGGGGAAUUUUUCCAAACACGAUGAAUCGAUGGAUUAUAUCAAAGAACAAGAUUACACUACAAAUAAAACCACAAUGAAUGAGAAUGAUAAUUAAAAAUGGAAUCUCAUGAUAAUAUUGGAAUGAUUGUAAAUUAUGCUUGGCAUUUAUUUUAUUGUAGUAAUAUGGUGUGUACAAGUAUACUCAUACAUAAGGUAAAGGCCGAUUUUUUAUCAGGUAUGCUUUUUUAAGUGCGUUUGUGUAUGUGUGGACAACUUUUUUUAUAUUAAAAACAAAUCUCAGUAUUUUAGACUUAAUAUAAUUUAUAAUAUUAAUAAAUAAUAAAAAUGGUAAUAAAAUUGU